AUGUUUCAACAUAUACGUGAAGCAUUGAUCGAAAAAAUAGACGAACAACGUGAACAUGCACUUUACUGUACUGUUCAAUGGUUUGAUACUAGAAAAAUCGAAGUUAUUCCCAAAGAAUCGAUACAAUUAGCACCAUCACGUGAUGUAGAAGUCAAUAUAACAUAUACAAUUGUUAUCGAUGGAAUUGAACGGUAUGGAACUGUCCUUGCUACAGGUACGAAAGAGCAAUGUGAAAUGGUUAAAUAUAAACGUUCACCAGAUAUCUCGGCUAAAAAAUUGCCUGGAAAUCUUGUUGAUGAUUUAAUGUUAAUGAGAAUUCUUAGUAAAUUGAUGAACAAACCUCAAACCGAUGAAAUCUCUACAGGUGAAGAUAUUCAUCAAACUGAAUGUGCAAGUUGUAAAAUGAAACCGAUUCGUCAUCUUGAUCGUUACCAUUGUCUCGAAUGUCCUUCAUCAGUAAAUUAUGAUCUAUGUGGACGUUGUUUUGAAAAACGUCGCGAAACAGGUUCACAUUCAAGUGGUCACGCAAUGAUUCAUUUUAAAUUACCAAAUGAAUUUCUCGGUAUUCAUGUUAAUGAUGUCAAAAGUGAAGUGACGUUAAGCAAUUUAAAACGAAUGAGCACACUUCGAAAUGAAGUUCAUAAAGGAAUUACUUGUAAUGGAGUUUGUGCUCAAAGGACAUUGACUGGUUUACGGUUUAAAUGUGAUACGUGUGCGAAUUAUAAUUUAUGUGAAACUUGUGCAAUUCAAAAACAUAUUUGUACGAAAUCACAUGAGAAAACACAUCCGUUGAUUUUAACAUCGAAUAAUGUUAUGCCAAAGAUCGAUCCGGAUGAGAUCGAAUUUGGUGAAGUCUUAGGAAGAGGAGGAUUUGGUUACGUAUGCAAAGCUCUAUGGCGACCAAAAAAUCGUCAAGUGGCUUGUAAAAUCAUCGAAGUUUCCGGUUCAUCAUCAACAUCUCAAUCGCUUCAACGAAGUUUUCUUCUCGAAUUAGCUGCUUAUCGAGAAUUAUCCGGUCCGUACAUUCUCCGUACGUACGGUUAUGCUACACGUGAAUUACCAUCGAAUCGAAUACGUGGUUCGACAACACAAUUUAUGAUUCUCAUGGAAUUGAUGGGUCGAGGAAGUUUUCAAACCCUUCUUGACAAUGAACCGAAUAAAUUAUCCUUACGACGUAAAUUAGCCAUGUGUCGACAAGUUGCAUCAGGUAUGCGACGAAUUCAUCAACAUGGAAUGAUUCAUCGUGAUAUUCGUCCGGAUAAUAUCCUUGUUACCGAUGAUUAUGUUGCGAAAAUAGGUGAUAUGGGUAUUGCACGUGUUCUCGAUCCAGAAGGUCGACAAACUCAAUUAGGUUGUUUACAAUUUAUGCCACCGGAAUUCUUCCGAGAUGCUGCGGAUGGUCGAGCGAAAUGUAAUGAAAAAUUAGAUAUUUAUACGUAUGGUUUGACGUUAAAUCAAAUAUUUACGGAGACGAUGCACGACUUUCGAUUGAAUCGAACACCAUCGCGACUUAUUCUUACCAAACAAAGUCCGAUAUUUUACGAUGAAAUCAUUUCCAAAUGUCUCGAAGAUGAUCCAAAACGACGACCAACAGCAAUUGAAAUUGAAAAAACCUUGGAAUUUUACGAACAGGCAUUUGCCGAGACAAUGUUAAGUGAAAGUUAUGUUCAAAUGAAUACGAAGGAGAAAGACCGAGCAUUUUUGGACUUUUAUCAGAAGAACAAAGGACGUCUCCACCGAUUUAUCAAAGAACAAUUUCCACAGCAAUUCAUACGAGAAGUUCCAAUUGAAUUUAUUAAUAAACAAAAGCAAUCUCCUGCAGAUGAUCAUGACUGA